AUGCAAGAAGUUUUUUCACCAGACGAAAUAUUUGAAGACAGUGAAGAUAAUAAUAAUACCGAUACUGUAGAACUAAUUAAUGAAAUGAGAAGAGGACGUCAACGUGGAAGUAGAGGAGGAAAAAAUAUAGUUUCAGAAAAAAAAGAUAAAAUAUCUUCGCAAUUACCCACACUACCUGAUUUUGACUAUUUCAAGCAUAAUGUACUAUUUCACCAAGGUGGAACUCUUGCUCAUCGACAAUUUAGAUUGCAAUUAGCAUGGGAUUUUGUUAGUGAUGCAUUGAAUAAUAAAGAAAGCCAUGUGGCAUGUAUUUGGUGUCAGUGGGAAGCAAAAAAAAAUAAUCAAAAUAUAAAAGAACAAAAUCCUCCACAAAGUCAAAUUUGGUGUACUAAAUGUAAUGUUGCACUUUGUUGUAACAUAUCUCAUCCAUUAUGUUUUGAAAAAUAUCAUACAUAUAUUGAUGAAUAA